CUGGCUUUUAACAUUUUACCUAAAUGGUGGUUAUUACCAGGACAUUUCAAAGUGAAGUUCAAAAGUCAUUCCUAAGACACCUGAGAUCAGGAAGGCUUCUGACCAGGUGCAGGGGAGUCCCCAGGUCCCGUCGGCUUUGGGGACUAAAUUAGGUUUGGUGACUGGGAUUUCCAGCCGGUGGUGGCAAGAAAAGGGAACUAGGGUCACUAUGGAACCCCAAUGUGACACACAGCAGAGGAGGGGCCACCAAGCCAAUGCCUCCUAGAGCACUGGGUCCACGCCCCAGGCAGCCAGGGUCCUGAGGUGGCUGUGGACUUCCUCUAGCUGCCGCUUCUCCCCUGGGGACAUUUACUUUACAGGGAACCAGAAAACCACACGGGGACUCCAGGAUUUCUCCUCCAGGGACUUUCUGAGAAGCCAGGGAUUCACUCGGUUCUCUCUGGGCUGUUCCUGUCCUUGUACCUGGUGACCAUCUUUGGCCACCUGCUCAUCAUCCUGGCCACCAUCUCAGACUCCCACCUGCACACGCCCAUGUACUUCUUCCUGUCCAUCCUGUCCUUUUCUGCCCUCUGCUUCACCUCCACCACCAUCCCCAAGAUGCUGGUGAACAUCCAGACACAGAGCAAGGCCAUCACCUACGCAGGCUGCAUCACCCACAUGUGCUUCUUCACUGUUUUUGCACUGCUGGACAUGGGACUUCUUACUGUGAUGGCCUAUGACCGCUUCGUGGCCAUCUGCCGGCCCCUGCACUACACGGUCCUCAUGAGCCCCAAUCUCUGUGCUCAGUUCUUCUCCUGAGCUGGCUCAUCAGUGUGCUGGGAGCCCUUCCUGAGACCGUGAGUGGACUGAGGCUCUCCUUCUGCACAGACGUGGAAAUCCCACACUAUUUCUGUGAAUUCCCUGAGGUCCUCAAGCUCGCCUGCUCAUACCUUCAUCAGUAGCGUCAUAUUGUACAUAGUGACAGGCAUAAUGGGCUUUUCCCUCUUGCUGGGAUCCUUUUCUCUUAUUCUAAAAUUGUGGCUUCUGUCCUGCGGAUCUCCACAGCAGGAGGGAUGUGCAAGUCCUUUUCCACCUGCGGUUCUCACCUCUCAGUUGUCUCCCUGUUCUAUGGAGCCUGCCUGGGGGUCUACCUCAGCUCCUCAGGGACACGUGCCUCCUGAUCAGGGGUGUUGGCCUCCACCCUGUACACCCUGGUCACCCCCAUGGUGACCUUACAGGUUUUCAGUUUCUUCCAGUUUUUGAACAGGUUAAUGAGCAAAACCAGCGUGUCUGCGUACACACUAUCAUUCCCUUUAAAACCUUAAAAAAAUUAAAAAAUGCUUGUCAUA